CGUCGUCGGGGGCUCCCUCGCGGUGGCGCCGCGCCCCUGAGGAGACCCCCUCGGAGAGCACGGAGAGCCGGGCCAAGAUGCUGUCGCUGGUGCAGCUGCACCUGUGGGUGCUGGUGGCUGCUUCCUCGUGGGCGCCCGGCUGUGGCUGCCCGGAGCCGUGCGCCUGCGUGGACAAGUAUGCGCAGCAGUUUGCGGACUGUGCCUACAAGGACCUGCAGACGGUGCCGUCGGGGCUGCCCUCGAACGUGACCACGCUGAGCCUGUCUGCCAACAAGAUCGCGGCGCUGCCACGGGGCUCCUUCGUGGAGGUGACGCAGGUGACCUCGCUGUGGCUGGCCCACAACAAGAUUGGCGCUGUCGAGGAGGGCACCUUGGCCAUCCUGGUCCAGCUGAAGAACCUGGACGUCAGCCACAACCAGAUUGUGGACUUCCCCUGGCAGGACCUGUACAACCUCAGCGCCCUGCAGCUGCUGAAGAUGAACAACAACCGCAUGGCCCACCUGCCCGGGCAGGCCUUCCACACCCUGCGCGACCUGCGCUCGCUCCGCAUCAACAACAACCGCUUUGCCGACGUGGCCGAAGGCACCUUUGAGCCCCUCACCUCCCUGUCCCACCUGCAGAUCUACAACAACCCCUUCAACUGCACCUGCCGGCUCAUGUGGCUGAAGAACUGGACGGAAAGCACCUUGAUCUCCAUCCCAGAGAAGGACUCCAUCGCCUGUGCCUCUCCGGAGCCCUGGAAGGGGAUCCCCUUGGCCAAGAUCCCUUACUUGCACUGCACGCCCCCCACUGUGCAGCUGACCUACCACCCCAACCUGGAGCACACCCCGCUCUCUUAUGGGUUUGCCCUCACCUUGCAUUGCAACGCCGAGGGUCUUCCCCAGCCUGUGGUCAGCUGGAGGGUCCAGACAUUGGGCCAAACACUGGACAUCAAAGGGGUGGAAAGAGAUGGCAACCACCUGCCCUCUGAGAGCUCCUCAGGAGGAGAGCAAGAGAGGUUCCGGGCCUUCAGCAACGGCACCUUGGUGAUCCCCCACCUCAGCAAGAAAGAGGAAGGCACCUACACCUGCUUGGCCAGCAAUGAGGUGGGCAGCAACAAGUCCUCGGUUAAUGUGGCCGUGGCUGACUCCCCGAAGGACUCCAUCGGCCCACCUGGCCACCCCAAAGGCCAGCCGGAAGAUCGGAAGCCAGACAGAAAGGUCUCCAAGAACAGUGUGAUGAAGCCGGAUGAAAGGAUCAAGGGGCUCCCAUUGAGACCGACGCCCCGGAAUUAUUAUGUGGCUGAGGGCCCCCCCAGGAAUGGCACUGGCUCUGAAGGUGCGCCCUUCAAGCCCCCCCACUUUGAGAAGAAGUGUGGCUCCAGCGAGGUCACCCAGUACAUCUCCAACCAUGCCUUCAACCAGAGCGCUGACCUCAAGCCCCACAGCUUCGACCUGGGCGUCAUUGCCCUGGAUGUCUCCGAGAGGGAGGCCAAGGUGCAGAUUACACCCUUCUACACCCAGCCAGAGAAGGUGCACCUGAGGAGGCUCUACCUGUGCGAGGAGAGCCGGCAGGGCCACGCCUUGGUGCAGUGGUCCCAGAUUGAGGAAGGGGUGAACUCCUACUGGUUCCAAGGCCUGAGCCCUGGCACCAACUACUCGGUCUGCAUGACUUACGUGGGGGAGGACUGCCAGGUGCAGGUGGUCUUCACCACCAAGAAGGAGAUCCCGUCUCUCAUAAUCAUUGUGGUGGUGAGCGUCUUCCUGCUGGGGCUGGCCACCAUCCCUUUGUUGGGGGCCACCUGUUGCCACCUCCUCUCCAAGUACCAGGGCAAGACCUACAAGCUCAUCAUGAGGACCCAGAACCCUGACCAGAUGGAGAAGCACAUGGCAGCAGACUUCGAUCCCAGGGCUUCCUACCUCGAGUCGGAGAAGAAUUUCGACCCUAAUGAGGUGGAGGAAGGGGAGGUGGAGGAGGAGGAGGAUGGAGGGGAGGAAGAAAGGGAGGGGAGGGGGGCAGCUGGGGGAGGGCCGCUGAAAAGGGACGAGAGCCUGGUGGCCAGCUCCAUCCCUGAGUCCCACUCCAAAGCCAACCCCGAGGAGUUUGAAGGUGGCUCCGAGUACAGCGACCGGCUGCCUCUGGGCGCCGAGGCCGUCACCAUCUCCCAGGAGAUCAAUGGCAACUACCGGCAGCCGCCCCGCUGAGCCUUCCCGGUCCCUC